GAUCCUGUUUUGGUUUCGAUCUGCCAAUCCCGACUGCAUGAGCGUGUGGUGUAACAUGGCUUCUGCGGACAAGUUUACUGGUGAGGAAAGCACCAUGAAUAUUCAUAUCAUGAAUUCUGUGACGAAAACAAAAGAUGGAGCAGCGCAGAGGAAACUGGAGAGUGGAGAGAUUGUGCGCAUGGUGUGCGCUGCGCUCAACUCGGACCGCAGGGAAGUCAUCACAUUGAGGAAUGUGCACCGAGAUCAUCCGGAUGUAGAGCAGAAACAUCUGGACGAAUGGAGGAAGCAAAUCGAGCAGGAACUCCUGAAGAAUCUUCGACCUCCUCAAUGGAGGGAAUGCUUUGAUUUCUGCAGUCAGCCUGCUGAUGCAGAGUUUCUGUAUUGUUACGUCACUCCAAGCCGCCGACCAGCCACCGUGAACUACAACCUUCGCUUGCCGACAGAUACAAGCACGGAGCUUGUGCAAGAUUACCACCUGGUGGAAGCCAUCCUAUCGAGAGAGGAGGACAGCACAGCGACUCGUCCCUUCUUUGACUUCGAUGAUCACUUACCGAAAGCUAAGGUUGUGGAAUUGCAAAGGGGGGCCGCUUUGGCUGUCGAUGACAAUUCGCAGAGCAGCAGACAUCAUUUUCGUGGACUGUUGGACCUCAAAAAGGGGGAUAUUGUCGGGAUACCUGAAUCCAAGAUGGUCCAAUACAAGAAGCUGAAGGACGGGAUGGCGCUGGCGGCUAACAUUGAAAAGCAUGUUUCUGAUUACUUUGGCGCCUUUGCAAAUCAUGAAGGCGGCUGUGUCAUCAUAGGUGUGGAAGACAAUCAGUGUCAAGUUGUCGGCCAGGUGAUCUCUAAUGAAGCUAAGACGGAAAUCGAGCGAUGUCUUGAUUGCUGUGCCAAGCGGAAAACAUGGGGGAGAUUAAAUGAGCAACCAAUUCGAGGGAAGCACUGGGAUGUCUAUUUCCAUUCUCUGGAAGGAGACUUGCAUCUUGUCGAGGUUCGAAUCAACCCGUUUUGCGGAGGAGUGUUUCAGAAGGAGCCUGAAUCAUAUACCUUUGGAGUCAAUGAUAAGGGGAAGAGGGUGAUAAGGAAGAUGAAGUUUCAAGAGUGGGUGGAAGCCAUGUUGAGAGACAAGAUAGCAGAGCAACGACGAAGUGACGAAAUGCGAGAGAAGUUUGAAAUGCUGAGCACUCACAUAUCUGGCGGGUGCAAAGUGUUUGCUUUGAAAAGCUCACACAGGGACAUACGAGAACGAAUGUUUCCAAUAAAGGAAGGCCUACACAUUUGGCCGGAGAACUACAUCAGUUUGGUGUCUUACACUGGGACUAGCGUACUCCAGAAUAUCACCACUUCCUUGAAAGACAGGUUCGCAAGUACCAAGGGAGUAUGUGUUGUGUCGCAAUGUAUACUGGCCGACAUUGGCAUUCACAGACCUGGAUGCGCCAAAGAGGUCAUGUGCGACAUUGUAGUCUUCACAGAAACAGACACUCCUUUUCUGGUGACCGUAGGGUCAGCAGGAAUAGGUUUGCAGGAAUACUCCGAGAAGGCGUCCACGGAGCUUGAAGAAUGUCUCACAAAGCAUGGCGGAGAAGGCCGUUUCUUCGUCAAGAGCUGCUGCCUUGAUUUGGAGACGGACCCUGACUGUAUUCCCGGCAUUAUCGAGAGCAUCCGGUGUCACACACCCGCGAACAAGCCAGCGAGCUACCACCAAAUGCACUUCAAGAAGCUGCAAUCCUUAGUCAGCGCCCUCGUUGUCGCCGUGGCUUCGUUCACGCCGGAGACCUAUUUGUACAUGCGGGACCUGAUGGGAGUCCAGGUGAUGAACCUCUUGACUCCAUCUCAGCUCCAAGCUCUGACUUUGUGCAAUGAGGUUCCUCAUGUGUACAUCCAGGGCUAUCCAGGUACUGGGAAAACAGUCAUUGGCAUCGAGAGAGCCAAGCGCCUCCGUCUCGGUGGGGCUGAAGUAGAGCAGAUCUUGUACAUACCGUCGAAUGUACAGAUGGCCAAGUAUGUGAGAGAAUUGGUUUUUCCGAAGAGCUCAACUCUUUGUGGGGAGAAAAUAUGUCUCUCGGUUGCAUUCGACGACAUUGUGUGGAAGAUUAAAGAUGGAACGUUGCCUGAAUCCGUCAAAUAUCUCAUCUUAGACGACACACAAAACUUUCUGAACAGGAGGGAUGUUCCUCCUAGCAACGUGGAGGAAGACACUAAGAAUCUAACCACGGACAUGCGUGUGGCUGUGCGAGAAAUAGAUAAAACGUUUUUUAUAAAGUGCUUCCAAAUCGACUGGCUGGAGUGUCUGUGUAUCUGGCUAAGAAAGAAGCCAGAAUGCAGGAUGGUGGUCAUCUCUGACGAAUCGCAGAGCGUCGAGCAAUUGCACUACUACCAGACUUUAAGGGAGUUUAUGCGUGAGUCCAACGGUAAGACUGUGACUCUCAACGUGGUGAUACGAAAUUCCGAGGAGAUAACGAACUUCUUUCAAAAGUUCGUCUCCACGGAGUGUUACGGCGUGUUGCCCACGACGGCGCACGAUUUCAAGGGUGAACGGCCGGUGAUGAGGGCCACGCCGUUGUCGCCCGAAUCGCUGAGAGCCACUGUAAAAAAAUACACGAACAUGGGAUACAGUCCUGGUGAGAUUACACUCAUUCGGCACGAUGUAGAUGACGACAAAGCAUCACUGAGCAGCCUCAUGACAACCUCUGUGCAAAAGGAAUGCAUGAGGUUGUACCGAGACAUAGAUGAACAGUUGAAAGAAGGUGGCAUUGAGAACAAUGGCGUGCCUGGUCCCCAGGUGCUUCAUGCUGUGCUGUUCUUUUGCCUUCUGACCAAAGAGCUGCUAUCGGAUCAAGGCUCCGCCUUUAAGAUCAGUUUGGCAGACCCUUGUUUUGUUGGAGAGGACACGGCCACGCCCCCUCUCUUCCUGCGUCGAAUUCGUUCUGACAAAGGCAGAUAUGAUGCACCCGUCAGAAACACAGUUGUAUGCAUGUUUCAAGAAAAGUGGCAAUAUCUGUGCGAACUUUACAAGAAUUUUGUACAGAGUGGUCGACCUGUCUCGGGGGUUCCAUCAGAGAUAGGUAUUCUGAUAGAUCGUAAAAUGAGGCUCUCGGGGUACGGAGAAACCAAGGGGACAAAUCUCCAGAAGCUGUACGCAGUUUCCGAGUUCCUUCUGGGACCUGUAACAGUUCCCGAGCACAUCUUCCGUAUCAUCGAUGUCCAGCAUGCUGGCGUCUACAGGCUGAUCAUUUUCCAUCUUCUUCCGAACGUCCACGCCAUUCACGGAACGCAUGAAGUGCCUGCACGCGGCCAGUGCGUGCGCAUUGAGGGUUUAGAAAGUUUCGCUGGCCGGGAGAACCAGGUGGUUAUUGGCAUAAUGCCAAAUGAAGGUACUCUCCAGAAGUACACGAUGAAGACCUACGUCUUAGCCCUGGCAUCUAGGGCGCGAACCAAGCUAGAAUUCCUCAGCGUUGGUGCCGAUCUUGUGCUCAAUAUGUGUACUGACACGAAUUUGCUUGAAACAGUCCGAAAGUAUUACGUCAAUGAAUGAUAAGUAUAAGAACAAGGAAACCUGAAUUCGUUAAAUGUCAUCCAACAAGUUUCACACGAUAAAGUUAUUAAUGCUUAAUUGCGCAAUUUCCAGAUAAAACUGAUCAAAGGCGCCUUACAAUCAAAAUUAAAGACUGUAUAAAGUGGAUCAACUAUCAUCAAUACAAACUUAGGUUAUGAAUACGAUUCCUUCGGCAUUAUUCAUACUAACAUUAAGAAUGCUGCAAACUUAAGUUAUGAAAGUCUUUGAUCAGUUAAAUAACAAGAUGUUGGUACCAUGUAAGCGUCAGGGACGAAUGGGUGAUGGGAUGUCCAAAAGCAUGGCAAGGUCUGCUCUGCUUUCUCGGCACAGUCUGUCAGUGGGCGAUUUGGAUAACAAGUAACAAUACGUGAAUAAAAAUUAGCCCAGACUAUGUAUUUCACAAAGAUU